AAGAGAGAAGAAUGGAUGAAUUUAGACUUCACGUCAUUGAAAACCACGUCAGUAGCAGCUGUCAAAGAUGAAAGACAAAAAGAAAAAAUACAGGAACGACAGAAAGCUCAAGAACUUGAGCAGGCCAUGCUGUCUGAGAGAGAGCUCAAUCCCUAUUGGAAAGAUGGUGGUACAGGUUUGCCACCAGAGAAGGAUGAAGCAGCUUCAGUUAAGAAAGUUAACGUGGUAGAAGAUGCUGGAUUAAGUUGGUUACGAAAAUCAUACCAAAGGAUGAAGGAGCAGGCUGAGAGAGAGAAACGAAGUUUUGAGGAAAUUGUAGCUGAGAGAUAUGGGUCAAUGGAGGUAUUUCAGUCACGAUUAGAAGAAGCUGAAAAAGUUGCAUCCAGAAGGGAAAAUUAUUAUAGAAGUGGAGGAUGGAAGAAAACUGACUAUUCACAAAGUGAGAAAGAGAAGAAAGAACAGCAUAUGAAAAAGGAGACAAGAGAUGAAGAUAAUAGAAACAGGAACAUGUUUGGGGGCUAUACUAGGGAGAAGUAUGGCAAGGGAUGGGUGCAAGAAGACAAAGAUUACAAAAGAGGCUACAGCUCCAAAGCAGAAAAGCACUCCGAUGAAAAACGAAGUCAGGAAAGGAGUUCAUCUCUAAGCAACAUGAAACACAAAUUUCUGAAACCCUCUGAAGAUGAUUUAUUAUCUUACAGUGCACCUAGAGACUACCAGUCGCAGCAGUCCUCUUCCAAACUGCCUGUUCAUAGCUCUUUGAGCAGCCGUUUCCAAAAACCUAGUGAGGAUGCUGCACUGUGGACGAAAACACAUGCAGAAGAUAACAAUGAGAAAUUAAUGUCUGAUCAAAAAUCAUCAGGUAGUAGGGAACAAAUUGAUGAUAAUUGUUUGGAAAGAACACCAGGUGAUGAAAAAGAGGUGUCGCGACAGGAGUACGCAGGUGAUAUCCCUGAGAAGAAACAAACGUUAUCUGACAGUAAAACCCUACUUGCUGGGGCUGCAGAGAGAGAAACAGAGAAAGCCUUGAGUGAAGAGGAGAUGAACAGACUGGGAGCGAGGAUUGUGAAAGCAGAACUCAUGGGAGACAUGGAGUUAGCUUCAAAACUUCAAGCAGAACUUGAGAAUGCACGCAAAUUGAGGGAGACUCAAGGGCAGAUUCCAGUAAAGUCUGGCAGAGAGAAUGAAGAUGAACAAGUGGUCCUUGUCAGAACAGAUCGAAGUGGAAGGGCAUGGCCUGUGACCGCGCCAACUGAACCACAGGAGCCAAAAGGAGGACGAAGAAAAUGGCAGAUGGUCCCUACUCAUAUAGAUAAAGAAAGAGUAAGGUAUUUCCAGGAUGAUGAUAGUAUGAACCUGAAGGAUUUGGUCAAAAAUGAGAAGAUGAGAACAGCAGAGGAUCAAAACUCACUGUUCAUGCGUAUGGCAUCAAAGCUCAUGGAAAAAACUGACAGAGAGUACUACACUCUGGAUGACAUGUUUGUUUCCAAAGCAGCCAAAAGAGUGCGCAGUGGGGAAGAGGAGGAAAUACAAAGAAGAAAAGCAAUACGUGAGCACCAGCAGCUUGCUGCACGCAUGGAAAAGUGCCCAUACUGCUUUGAUAGCAGUGAACUUUCUAAACAUCUUAUUAUUGCAAUUGGCACCAAGGUAUACUUGUCUUUACCAAGCAACCAGUCCCUUACUGAAGGUCACUGCCUGAUAGCCCCCCUGCAGCACCAUACUGCAGCCACUCUUUUGGAUGAAGACAUCUGGGAAGAAAUCCAGAUGUUCAGAAAUGCAUUGGUGAAAAUGUUUGAAGCUAAAGACUUGGACUGUGUGUUCCUAGAAACAAACAUGAGUAUGAAGAAACGGUAUCACAUGGUAUACGAAUGCAUUCCUCUUCCAAAAGAAGUAGGAGAUGUGGCUCCAAUCUACUUUAAGAAAGCUAUAAUGGAGUCUGAUGAAGAAUGGUCCGUGAACAAGAAGUUAAUUGAUCUUUCUUCAAAAGAUGUUCGGAAAUCUGUUCCUAAAGGUUUACCAUACUUUUCUGUGGACUUUGGCCUUCAAGGAGGAUUUGCUCAUGUCAUUGAAGAUCAAGACAAGUUCCCUCAUUACUUUGGAAAGGAAAUCAUUGGUGGCAUGCUGGACUUGGAACCGCGGCUCUGGAGGAAAGGAGUCAGACAGAAUUUUGAGGAUCAGAGGAAGAAGGUGUUGCAGUUUGCACAGUGGUGGAAACCAUACGACUUUACCAAAAAGAAAGAUUUGUGGAUCACAUGAACCUGCAAGCCUGACAAACCACAAGUGUAUAGUGUUUUUAGUUUUUCAGUUUUUAGCUCAGCCAAAAGAAUAAUAUCCAUGUGACUACUGGAAUUCUUCAAAAUGUAGCUUCUGCUUUUGGAGGUUUUAUAAUCUUUGUGGCAACUGAUGUUUUUUCUACAUUGGAUUUAGCAUAGAGCCAGUGCUUAAUUAUAAUGCUGACUUUUUGUAGAAAAUGGUGUAAAUUUUAAGAACAUUUUGAAUAAUACAAAUACAUUGCUGCA